GUUCUUCAAAACGAACGAAUCGUUCAAGAACAAUCCAACACGACUUCAGUGACAACCUGCUUCUUUGAACCACAAACUAAGGGGAUUAACCUGCGAAUAUGACCAAAGGACAAGGCAUCGAUCAGGAGCUCUCAGAUGUGCUGAAUGAACUGUGGAAGUUGGAUGUGAACCGCAUGAAACCUGGAAAAUACUAUAAAGUCAACCUACAGGGGAAGGCUGGCUUUGUAGCUGAAGGCAGUAAUAAUGCCAGGGACAGCGCUAGAGCUCCUCUUUUCUCCUAUGUCGAUGAAAAGAAGCUCAAAAGCAUGGAUACUUACGCCCACUUCCUAAAUCUGCUUGACAAUUAUGAGAUGUCUACAGGAGUGACUGAGCAUGUGACAAAAGAGGAGCUUCAGGAAAAUCAUCUUUUCCUGGAUGCUAUGCUCAAGACAGAGGUCAUGAAGUGUGCCCACAGGUUUUUAGUCUGCAAAGGUCUAGCUCAGUCAGAUCUGGCUCAGUUUAAGAGCCAGCUCUAUGACAUCUGGUUUAAGCUCUAUCGCAGGGACAAAAAUGGAGGUGAAGAUUCCUGUGGAUUUGAGCAUGUUUUUGUAGGUGAAACCAAAUAUGGUAAAGAGAUCAUGGGCCUCCACAACUGGGUCCAGUUUUACCACCAGGAGAAACACAAUCAUGUAAACUACAAAGGAUACAAGGCCAGAAAUAACAAGGACACACCGGACGAGGACGAUCACGUCUUGAACCUGCAGUUUAGCUGGAAUGGCCUGGUGAAGCCGGUGGGCAGUUGUUUCAUUGGCGUCAGCCCAGAGUUUGAGGUGGCUCUCUUUACUAUUGUCUUCUUUCUGUCUGAUGAGCGUGUGACCAAGGUUACAGUGAAGGUAGAUGAGUAUCUCCUUGAGAUUGUGGUGUAUAGAUUUGGGCGCUCCAUUGGAACUUCAUAUCCCAAAAUGAUCAGCAGCAACAACCGGGAUUUCUAGAUCUUGCUGCAAGGUCAUACCUUUUACGAUUUGGAAAAAAAGAGGCUAACUUGGACAAAAUGGGAUUGAUAAUCCAAAAAUCACUAUUACAGCUUGAGGUUCUUAAAUUCUUAAACUUUAACUAUUAGUGGGAAAUAUAUGUGACCAAUGUUUUAAAACUUUGUCAGAUUACAAAUGAUCUGUCCAAUUUUGUAAGGAAUCUAGUUGUACUGCUAUAAAAUUCUGCAUAAUGAUAGUUAUGUGCCAAAAAAUAGAAACUCAUCAGUUUGCAGUCAGGCCCUUAAAGUUGGUUGAUGCUUAAAUUGCUUAGAAAUGUGUGUUUAGCCUAUAAACUAUAUAAACAGCUAUUUUGCAUUAGAUGCACUAAGGUUAGUUUCAAAGAAUAUACACAUUUUUAUUGUUUUUUUUUAAUGCUAUGCUAACAGUGAUUUAUGCAUAGAAGUUUUGCAUUGACCCAAUCUAACUGCUGCAAGCUUUUAGAAAUCAUGUUCUUUUUUGUUAAUCGAGCAAGUUACAAAUCAGAAAUGAAACACUUAUUUGUAUUUUAUUUUAUGAGACUUAAGCCAUCCACACUCACUGUCAAUGGAGUGUACUUUUUGAAUGACUUGGGCGCUCAUCUGCACUAGAUGGAGUGGAAUGUGGAAAAUGGGACUUCAUAGAUGAAGAAUAUCACAUCCUGGGAACUGUAAUGCAUAAAAUUAUUCUGCACACUAAUAAUUUAGCU